AUGGAAGAGGAAGGAAGACGUGACUCAGUCCAGAGUGUGGUCACCCAGAAGGGGGAAUCCCGCGGCAGUUCCAGGAGGCGGCGGCUCUUUUGGAAACUUAGGCAGCGGUGGAAACUCCUCGGACUUUUUGAAAUUGACAAAGAGCAUGAGUUCUAUGCUUUGACCUGUGACCUUAAAGAAGGGCUCAGAGAUGCCAUUCAGGAUGUCACCCAGAGUGAUAUACAGCCCCAAGUUACAGAUGAAGAUUACAGUGCUAAACUAACACAGGGACAUGAGGGUUACAUGAUGAGAACGUACGCAGGUUCGGUGUUCCAGCAUUUCCGCCAGUCUCUCGGGAUGUCUGAGGAAGGUUACCAGCGCUCUCUGUCAGCCUGCGGCCUCUACCUGCAGUUCAUUAGUAACUCCAAGAGUAAAGCAGACUUCUUUCUGACAAAUGACAAGCGAUUCUUCCUUAAGACACAGAGUAAGCGAGAGGUUCACUUUCUGCUACAUAUCCUGCCAAAGUACAUUCAGCACUUCCAGGCCUAUCCACACUCCCUGCUGGUGAAGAUCCUGGGAGUUCACAGUAUCACAAGGGAACAAGAGAAGAAGAAAUACUUCAUCAUCAUGCAGAGUGUCUUCUUCCCAGAUGAGAGGAUCAUUGGCCGCUAUGAUAUAAAAGGCUGUCAUGUAAGUCGCUGGACAGAGCCAGAACCAGAGGGAAGCCGCGGAGUCCUGCAGGUCUUCAAGGAUAUGAACUUUGAAGGAAAUGUCAUCUGUUUGGAUCAGCAGCGGUCUUGGUUGCUUCGCCAAACGGAGCUGGACACCCGCUUCUUGCGUGAGCUGAAUGUGCUGGACUACAGCCUGCUAGUAGGAUUUCAGCCUCUACAUGCUGAUGAGAAGAGCCAAAACUGGUCCUUCGCCAACCUCAUUGUCCGCACUAAAAGGUCGGUAAAUGGAACUGGUAGCCCUACCACAUCUCACUGUGCCUCUGUCCCUGGCACCGUAGAAGAGGAGAGCGAUUCUGUGGAUAAGGAGGAUAACAGCACAGAUUAUAGCGGCACCCCAGAAGUGACCUCUGCCAGACGUCUGCCCAUGAAGAAGAUCGGGCAGCAAGUCAGCACGGUAUCUGACGUAUCCGAUGUUGUAGCGCAAAACCGCCGCUUGCUGCCAAACUACAGGAACCCUUUGCAUGUGAUGGAUGGGCCAGAGCAAAGAUACUUUGUUGGCAUCAUCGACAUAUUCACUGUGUAUGGCCUUAGGAAAAAGCUGGAGCAUAUUUGGAAGAGCAUGCGUUAUCGUGGACAGGAGUUCUCCACUGUCAGCCCUUACCGUUAUUCAGAAAGACUGUGUCGUUGGGUGGAAACCCACACCGUGUAA